UUCAAAACGGGAGUGGUCUGUUCUGUGAAACCAACUCGUUUCCUGGAUUCUGCUGUUUACGACCAUUUAACACCACUGUCCUAUUUUGCCGUUGUGUGAGAAAUAUGAACAUAAUUUCUCCUCCGACUUAGGACACAGGACGUCUGCUCCAUUUAGUGCGCCACAGCUGAUUUCACCGCUUCCCAAAUUGAGCGCAUUGGAUGACGCAUCGCUGACGCCCGUGUAGUUCUGCACUUGACAUGACAUCUUGUUGCGUUUGGAUCUAGCACUACCUCUAGUAGUGCUUCUCGGCAUAACAUUAUAAGGUCCAUGGAUUAUGUCUUUUCGGGCGGGAGGCGAUGAUGUAUAAAGUUUUGUUUGCACUCAUCCCCCUGCUUCCAUAUGGAUUGCCUGCAUGUACGAAAAGUUUGGAAACGAGUCAGGAUACAGAAGAUAUCACCAACUCAGUGUUUGUGGACGGGGAGCAGGCCAACAAGUUCAUAAAGCGCCACCUGCUGCUGAAUCGCUUCGACUUUGAAAUCUUCACUCCUGGCAAUUUGGAGAGGGAAUGUAACGAGGAAGUGUGCAAUUACGAAGAGGCGCGGGAGGUCUUUGAAAACAUACCAGAAACAGACAAAUUCUGGGCGAAAUACACUGCCCAGGACUCACAGGCACGCUUUGAUGUGACUGCACUAUUGGUUGGACUGAUAGCAGGUGCAGUCGCACUUGUUAUUGUGGGCCUGCUCAUAUGGUAUGGCUGUCAGAGAAGGGCAAAGGACGGCGCUAGUAGCAGAGGUGCUCCUGCCAGAGCACAAGGCCAUGCCCGCUCGAGGAGUGCUCGGAGGAGCAAUGCCUCCCUGAUCAUUCGAAGGCUGGAGGAGAUCUCUCUACAGCCAGUGGGGCCGCACUCGGCAGAGGAUGGGGAUGCCCCAGGCUUGCCCUCGUACGAGCAGGCCAUCGCAGGCUCUGGAACCCAUGACCUCCCUCCUCCCCCAUACCCUGGAUCAAGACCGGGAACCCUUCGACGAUAGCGUCCGUAUGUCUUAGAACUGGGGGGAUUUUUAUGACUGGGAUCCUGAUCAAUGUUCGAGAUCUACGGCUAUGGACAUUCGCAUUUUUUCUCUCCUUUUUUUUCUAAAAGAAUGUACACUGGCAUUUAUGUGGCAAUUUUUUAUUCUCCUUUGUGCUGCUAAAUGAGAUUUGAAUUUGAAUUUCCAGUUCUGUUUUUAGUUGAAGUUUAAUGCGAAAGUGCUUGCACACAUGAAAUACUUGAUGCAUUAACAAAUGCUCAGGGAGUACAGUACACGCAUGAAGUAUUUUUUGAAGGCAGUAUAAAUGUGAUUGUUUAAUUGUAUUUUAUUAUGUGCAUGGAAGGAUAACAAACUGUCUUUCACAUUGACCUCAGCAGGGAUAGUAGCAUAGUUCAUUUAUUGUUGAGUAACUGAAAGUAAAGACAGAACACUAAAGUAGUUUAUGCCUUUAGACCAUCAUCUGUAGUUUAUGCCUUUAGACCCGCAUCUUCUGUAAUGUGCAUUUCAAAUAUUGGAAGUGGGUAUGAAUAUGUUCAGGUCAUUUUUUUAACGCAGCAAAAAAGAAAAUGACACAAACAAUUCUUUAAUUUUCUUUACUCAUCUAAAAAUUACAAAUGAACGAAGGACCAAACAGAAACAUAAAGUGGUAAAUUGUAGGCUUAAUGAGACUAUAUCCUGAUUUUUUUUUAUCUAGGAGGAGGCUAUUUAUUGUGUGUGCAAUGUUUUCUGGAAUCAAUGUGAACGGGCAUGGAUGCUUUUUAGAACAGUCAUUUGAGGGCAAGGUUGUUGUCUUGUUGUUUACUUUUCUUUGGAAAAUUGCAUAGACCUAUGCUUUUUAUUUUUCUUCCGCUUGUUCUGCCAAAUGAUUUGGAAAUCUCAACAGACUGGUGACAUGAACACUUACUUUUUUCCCACCACAGUUUUAUAAAUAUAGACUGCAAUAGCACAGA